AUGGCUUCGUGGGUGAGAGGGAAGUGCGUCGGGAAGGGGGCGUUUGGCGUCGUCAACGUCGCGGUUUCCAAAACCGAUGGUCGCGUUUUCGCGGUGAAGUCCGUCGACUGUGGAGCGGGGCUCCCGAGUCAGGUGGAGGCGUUGGAGAACGAGAUUCGGAUUCUGAAACGCAUGGCGUCGCCGCACGUGGUGGCUUAUCUCGGCGACGACGUCACGUGCGAGACGGCGUCGUUCAGGAACCUUCAUUUGGAGUACAUGCCAGGUGGCACCGUCGCUGACCUGGACCGCGCUGACGUGGACGAGUGGUUAGUGAGGCGCUACGCGUGGUGCCUCGUGAGCGCGCUGCGUGACGUCCAUGCGUGCGGCUUCGUGCACUGCGAUGUCAAGGGGAGGAACGUGCUCCUCUCCCGCAACCGCGCCGCCGCGAAACUCGCUGAUUUCGGCGCGGCGGUGGAACUCGAAGCGGAAGCCUCGCCGGAGUUAUUGCCCCGGGGGAGUCCGAUGUGGAUGGCUCCGGAGGUGAUGCGCCGGGAGCGGCAGGGGCCGGAGUCCGACGUGUGGUCGCUCGGUUGCACGAUCAUCGAGAUUUUCACCGGGAAACCGGCGUGGGAGGAUCGCGGCGUCGACACGCUGAGUCGAAUCGGUUAUUCGGGAGAGUUGCCGGAGUUUCCGAGCAAAUUGUCGGAGCUGGGGAAAGAUUUUCUGGAGAAGUGUCUGAGAAGAGAAUCGAGUGAACGGUGGAGCUGCGAUCAGCUGCUGCAGCAUCCAUUUUUGCUUCCCUACACUGUAGUUGAAUCGUCGCCUCGAUGCGUGUUGGAUUGGGUUGAGUCGGAGUUCGCCGAGUCAGACUACAGCGACCGUGAACAAGAGCAAGUGCGGUUAGAAUUUAGCAGUUUAGAAAAUUCAUUUAAAGAUAGAAUCAGUAAACUAGCAACAGUGUCGAGGGUAAAUUGGGAAACGCAGGGUUGGGUAGUGGUGAGGGAGGUUGAGCUGAACGAAUCAUCAUCAUCAUCAUCGUCAUCAACACAAAUGGAAACAGAAGAAGGGGUAAACUGGGAAUUGAGCAAUGCGGUGAGGGUAGGGAGUGAUCUGGAAUGUUGGCAUGGUGGAGGGUUUAAUCGUGAAAUAGGAAAGUUGGGUGAAGAAGAGUGUAACAGAGGUGGAGGGUAUGGGUUGGAAAAGUUGGGUAUUGUUAGGGGAAGAUUGAGCAUUUACAGUUGUAAAAAUUUGAUGUGGUGUUAUUUAAUGUUCUCGAUGUAUUUAAAUAUAUUACGGUUUUCAAUUAUAUGGUGUUUACUUUUUUUACUGCACGUGAUUGAAAAGGGACUAAGAGAUUUGGGGUGUGAAAAUAUUAACUGGAAAGGUGUAUGCAAUGAAUUGAGUUGGGUGGUGUGA